CUAGAACAGAGCUCGUUUUGUGGAUUAAAUGAGUGAUUGGCCUCGUCUGGCCGAUCGAUCAUGGGUGGAUGAAACAAAUAAGCGAGUACAAGCUCAGGAAUGCCAUCGUGCCGCAUUGGCAAGCGUGGAAUCCUCGGACGAAAAUGCACUUCACUCGCUUGAUUCAACGUUGAAGAAGACUACAGCCUUCAUGAAGAAGUUGAAAACUCUUUCAACAGCUGGCGUUCCUUCGUUGAUAGAGGAUCUUUCUCGAUUGAACCUUUCAAAAUUUGUGGAAGAAAUGGCAGCUGGUAUCGCUGAGACGAAGUUGAAGCCGGCGGAUGUGAAUCCCAUUGUGGAUCUUUGCGUGGCAAUAGCGUCACGUUAUUCAAAAUUUCCCGAGUUGUUGUUGGCCGAGAUCAAGAAGGGAUUGCCUUUGAAAAGGACUGACAAAAUUGCUAAUCCGGCGAAGCUCAGAAUGGACGUUAGACUACUUUGUGAGUUAAUUCUGUGUGGCGUCGUUGGGAAGGAAGGUUUACAAACACUGGGAGCUACGCUAUCAUUCAUCUGCCUAACAGAUAAGGGAGAGCAUGUAAAUGUUGGCCUUAUUUGUUCGCUAUGUCGUCCUGUUGGAUGGCAAAUUGCUGGGAUAGUACCGACGCCUGAAAGUAGCGACACCAUUUCGAUCGAGCAAGAUGCGUUACAAGUGAAUAAUGCUAUCAGCGCAGAUCACAGGAAAGUCGUGAAUGACUUGUUCACCAAUUACCAUACAGGGAUGUUACGACAUCUUGAAAAAGCGUGCGCUACCAUGAAUGUCAUACAGAAGAGGGUGAAACGGCAAGAGCGCACAAGAGGCGAUGCUACUUCUGAGGAUAAAAGUGAGCUGGAAACAGUGAAAGCGGAGUUCGAGCGGUUAAAAGCGCUAGCUACGGAGCUGAGCAAUUCUCUUGGAGUACCGAUGGUCAAUCUUAGGGAAGAACCCAGUGAUAAUGAGGAGGACGAAGCUGCUGCAUUGGAGAUGGACAAGGCCCUGGCUGAGGGCCACGUUUCUUUGUGGCCAGAUGACGAGACGAGGAUGUUUUAUGAAAAUCUUAUUGAUAUCAGGAAUAUCGUUCCAAGAAGUCUGUACAAGGAAUCAGAGGAAAGAACGAUCCAAGAGAGUGAUUUGAAGACGUCCGUAGAUGAGAUUGACGUCGAUGGACUUGAAGGUGACGGGUUGGAACGGGAGGCUGCAGAUGUGGAAGCAGCGAGUUCGGAAAAUUCUGACGAACCAUACCGGCCAAACACGCCGCCCUCUCCGUCGCUACCGCAGUUAAACGAAGAGAUAUCAGCAGCGGUUGACACAACAUCAAUCACCUCGGAAGAGAUCAAACAGUUGGCUCAAAAGUUCUUUCUAAAUUUGGAUCAUCUUGUCAAUCGUGACACCACGGACCAAAGUGCCCUCGACUUCGUUUCGAACUUGAAUACGAAGACUUAUCGCAAAAAGCUCGUCAAAGUGCUAUUUGGAGUGCCUUCAUCCCGUCUGGACCUAUUGCCAUUUUAUGCACGCCUUGUCGCCUCACUUAAUCCAGUGAUGCCGGAUUUGACUACCGAAUUGUCAGCAAUGCUCAUAAAACAGUUCAGGGAUUAUGUACAGAGGAGUGGCCAAGAGAGAGUGGAGGAGAAAAUAAAGUGUGUCAUGUUUAUAUCUGAACUUGUAAAAUUCGGUAUGAUCCCGCGCGCUGAAGCCCUUUCUUGCCUUCGACAGCUGGUUUACGAUUUUCGUGGCCACUCUGUUGAUAUGGUUUGUGCGAUGAUUGAAACGGCUGGUUAUUACUUGUACAGAAAUAGCGACAGUCAUCCGAAGAUGAAAAUUAUCCUGGAUGUUGUACAGAAGAAAAAGGAACGAAUAAAAGAUGUACGACAAACGAUGCUGAUAGAUAACGCAUUCUUCGCCUGUAUCCCGCCAGCAGACUCGGCAGCUGCUAGAAGGGCCCAAGCUGAACCGCCACUCAUGAUAUUUAUCCGGCAUUUGGUUGUUGACAUUGAUGAGCACAAUGUUAACACCAAUAUUAAGUGCAUCAGAAGAUUAGCGUGGGACGAUGAGACGGUUUCUGGUUGGUGUCUGAAAUACCUAACCUCUCCUUGGCUACUACCGUACGCCAACUUACUACAUCUAGCCAGUGCAGUAGCUGGACUCCAAGGAUUAACUCAUUAUGACUGGAUCUCUACAUAUGUGAUUGAUGCGUGUCAAGAAAUGAUUAGAAUAUCAUUGGAGUUGCCUGGCGUGUUUAAUCAGAAAGCGAUUGCAACAGCUUGCUACCUGGGAGAGCUUUACAAUUACAGUGUCUGUGACACUCCUGUGAUUUAUAAGGUCCUCUAUCAAAUCAUCUCUUUUCCUGAGACUGAUCCUCUGUCAUGGCAAGAAUUUUAUCGAGUGCGUAUGGUGUGCGAGCUGCUGAAUACCAUAGCAGAUUUUUUUCAAACCGGCCGUGCACGCCGAAAAAUGGACUAUUUUCUUACGUAUUUUCAUCGUUUCUAUUGGAUGAAGCGAGAGCAAUGGCAUGUAAAUAUAGCAGCUACUGAACCUAUGGCUGUUAUCGAUGAAAGUGGAGAUACUACGACAGUCGCCGAGCCACCGAGAUUUCCUGCUGACAUCGAAGCUGAGUACAGAGAGUGCAUGAGACAUCUACGGAAAAGCGCACCUCUUCCCAAAGAUCUGACCGAAGCUGAAAAGGCUGUUGAACAAAUGGAACAACAGUUAAAAGAAAAGCUUUUACUCGCUAGUGGAAGCGCUGAUGAGGAAGAAGAGGAAGAGGACGAAAGAAGAGUGCUAGAUCGUGGACUACAUCAAAUAACCGAGGAAGAAGAAGAAUAUGGAAGCGAUAACGAAAAACGACCAUCUGUAAUGGCCGAUGACGAUGCCGAUGAGAAAGUUUGUGUACAUGUGGAGAAAACUACGAUUCAACCAGAAGAUGAAGAAUUUAUGCGACAGUUGGAUAGGAUGUUGGCUGAACAAGCGAAGAUGCCACCUCCACAAGCAGCCGUAGCGAAUCCCUCAGUGGACAUGACGGUGCCGGCAGCAGUUCGAAAUCGAUUCCAACGACAAAUCUGUUUUGAAGAUUCGCCCUCGGGAUCAAAGAACGCUGAAAAUGCGAAAUCAUCAAUGAAAGUGUCCCUAAUGGCCAGAGGGAAAGGAAAUAAGUCCGUCUUGAAAACGAAAGAGCCGAUAUCAAACGAGUCACACUCGGUCAUACAGCUCGUAUAUUCGCUGAAGAGGAGCAGGAAAUGCGUCACCAGAUAUACUCACAUAGCCGAUUCAAUUAGGGUCGGUCUCUGUGCGGCGUUUUGGGUUACAGACGGCGAAUGAGCGUCAUUGGAACCAGCCGCACUUAUGUCUUCAAAUGCUGAACUCGUCGCUCUUCUCACACUCACCACUGAACAGAGAACAUGGAUUGUCUGGCACUCCGUGACUCAAAAUAAUGAAGUUAAAAUUCGUCCUAAACCCCGUGAUAUGAUACAUUCUGAGCAUGCUCUGGUUUUCUCGUCAUCAUCUGCUGCCCCCGUUGAUUUUGUGUGUUCAGUUCAAUUUCUCAUCUGUGAUGGCAUUUAUAUACCUUCCUGUACGCGUGUGUGUAUGUGCUAGUGACACAACACCCAUCGCACAUCGUUUUGUCUUCUCUGAAGGUAAU